ACUUCCGUUGGGCGCGACGCGAUGGACGAGCAAACUGAAGAAGAUGACUGGUUUAUUGAGUCACUACACAUGUACACUGAUCUCCAUGUGUUUGAACUCCAGGACCCCACCAGGGUUAUCGGGUGGACCUCGGAUAAAAGUGUGUGUGUGGCAGGUUACAAAGCUGCCAAGGUGCAUGAAAUCCUAGAGCUCCUUUUACCACAGAAACUAUCUGCUAAAGACAACCAGGGCCUCUGUCCUGAACGAGAUUUCAAAGUUCUUCAUGGUGGUUUCUCAGAGGACUCUGUUAACUGCCUGACGCAUAUUUCAGGGACAAGAUGUGUGGUCACCAGCGGUGAUCCUGGCUCCAGCCUUCACUUAUGGCACAUUGGAGGGGAAGAUUGUGAUGUGCUCAAGAAGAUAGGAGACAUACAUCUUAAGACUGAGACAAAGUCAGUAUGCAAGUUGGCAUCUGGAGUUGCUGGAGCCCCAUCUGUACUUCAUGGCUCUCAAAUCAGCGAUAUUGAGCUCACAGACCUGACUUCCAGAAAGUUGCUCUACACAGCUGGGGAAGAUGCUUCAGACAAAGUGAGUGGUCUGCAGUUUGUUGAUGCCAGCGUGUUUGUGGUUUGCACGGACGGUGGCGACCUGUGCCUUGGUGAUGUACGGGACCCUUCGGGCCUUAGGCGUGUCCCUCUUGGGGAACACGGCGGCUCCCACUGGUGCAUGGACCUGAAGAAAGACGGUGUGUCCUGCUCCGUGGCACGGCUGUCCUCCUCCUCUCAGGUGGUUGUGUCAGAUCUGAGGGAUCUGAGAAGUGCUUUCAGUCAGGCCCAGCUGAACAUUCAGCCAGAAAACACCAGCUGUGAAUUCCUAAGUGUGACAUGGGCCCCUGUGCUGGACAACUGCCUUGCAGUUUCUGCUCUUGAUGGACUUGUACACAUCUAUGACACCACGAGUUGGAGACCAGAUUCAUCAGAAGCUCCAGCGCUGUUCGUACACAGAGGUCACGUCAUGUCACCUGGAUCUGAAGCGGACGCUGGUGCUUCGUUGGUCACCACUCACGCGUGGCAUCCGUGGAGACCCAGGACUCUACUUUCAGCGGCGAUGGACGGGUCUUUACACGUGUGGGACUGGGUAGAGAAACGAAUGACAAGCUGAAACAUCGCUCUCUUAUUCUAGUGGAGCACAUAGCAGCAGGUCUUUAAACCUGAACUGAAGCCCACAGUGUGAACUCAUGUGUGGAUGUUUUUCACAGUGACAUAACGGUUGUUGGAACUGACACUUUCAGGCAAUUCGUGGUUUUUCUGAGUCACAAUGAAGAAGCACAGUCAUGCUUAAACACAGUUUAUUUCAGUUCUGACCAAGUGUUACCCAUCACAGACACACACACCUGCACGUCUUCACCGUGUUUUUAUACAAACCAAAACUCGCUACUUGUACUCAAAAUAAAGACCAUCCAAGGUCUCCUGGAUCUGAUCCCAGUAAGGGAAAUUUUCCAGUAACAGGUGUUUUCUCUCUAGAACGUUCUGCAGCAGGUAAUAUCACAG